AUGGAUGAUAGUCUAUGUUCAAACUUUGAUUUUUUGAGGAAGCAUUUACCCGAUGAAUUAAAUAAAAAGGGAGAAAUUGAACUUGACAGAAUUACAAAUUACGAAAAGUACUGCCCUGAUAAUAACUGCAAUACUGAAAUCGAUAAAAUUACGAUUGGAUUUUUAUGGUUACUUCAACAAUAUUUUACUAAAUAUCCAAAGAAAGGUGAUCACGUAAAUGAUAUUAAGCCAUUUUUUCUAUAUAUUAUUUUAUGGUUAAGUUACAAAUUAAAUCAAAACUCAGAGCAUAAAACCACCAAAAUCAACGAAUUUUAUAAUAAACAUGUAAUUGAUAGUGGUAAAUAUAAACAAUUUAUAAAUGAUGCCUAUAAAUUUUCAGGUCUUGGUGAAUUCAUAGAUAAAAAAAAAGAUUUGUUGAAUAUUAAUAUUAACGAUAUGUCUAAUUUUUAUGAUGCAUCCAAAUUAAUAUGUAGUAUGUAUUCUAAUAAAGCAGCGAAUACAGAUGUCAAAAAUUUGUCAGAUAAUGCGAAUGAAUUUGUUAAAAAAUAUCAAGAACUUAAAGGAUAUUCUAAUAAAACUGAUGGCAAUUCAUAUAAACAAAUAUUGUCUGCUUUAUUAACUGAUUACGAUAAUUUAAAAAAUAUAAGUACCAAUAUUGCACUUCUUCCAGAGAUAACAGCAGACAUUUCUGCACUAAAAUCUGGAGACACAUCAUCAAGUUUGUCGAUAGGAAACAGAUUGUUUACAGUUUUAUCGAUAUUUGGUGCAAUAGGAUUUUUUUUAGGAAUUUCUUAUAAGUAUUCGUUAUUUGGAUUUCGGAAACGAGCUCAAAAACAAUAUAUAAGAGAAAAAAUAAAAAGUAUAAAGAAGAGAAUGAAUCAAUAA